AUGGCUCUGUUGUUGUAUGUUCAUCGAGACGUUUCCACCAACUACGCCAAACAGACUUUUCCGGACGUUAAAAACAUUUCACUCGAGGUCUGCCGACGGAAUCGCAACGCACCUGUACUAAUGAAAGUUACUUCGGACAGUUCUCGCGCGAACGUGACGGUCAGAGUGCGAAAAAGCGUUACGCCGUUCCUGCGACCUGCUCAGUUCGGUUUGCCGUAAUUUAGCAUAAGUACUGGCAAACAACCCGGUAAAAUUUAAGAUCAUACUUCACAGGAUCAUUUCUGUAGUAUGCAUCGUCCUCUCCAGGUGCAAAUCUGGAGUUGCCAUCAGCCACGAUGAUGAAACUUGUCCAUUUACCAGAGCGUGAGACAGCUGGUAGCAUGUUGAUUUACUUCGACGGUGGCUAUUCAGCGACGAUGAUCGCGACUGGGUCUCGAACCCGGGGGUACAUGGACAAUCUGAGUGGUUGUCUAACUAACAUCGAGUGUUUUGUUUAA